UUAACCUAGAAGAAGGCGCUGCGUAUGUCUUCCUAACAGGUUUUUUACUCUUUUCCACUUUUAGCUGCUUCAAAUUCUUAUGUAUUCGCUAAGUUGCUAUGAUUCGUCUACUCUUUUGGAUGUCCACUGUAGCAUGUUUGAUCUCCAAAACUUACUCAGCAAUAUCUGAAGCCAAUUUGGAUGAACUGUAUCAUGGUGAAGUUUCACAGGAUCAGAAAAUUGAAUAUCAGUUUACUCUUGCAAAUCGUAGCGAAUUCGUUAUUCGAGUACAUGUAGUAAAUUAUAGCCCGAAACCAGAUUAUCCUAUAUUAGUCGUGAUCAAGCAAGUGGACAAUGUAAUGUCAUUCCAAGCACCAAUGGUUCUUAAUUCAAUAUCAGCAUAUGGUAACGUUAGUCGUACGUUGUGUCCAAUCAAAUUACUGCCUGGAUCAAUUCGGAAACUUACAGUAGAACUGUCUAGCGCUAUCGAGCCACCUCAAAAAGUGCGUUACAUGUUUCUGGCUCAGUUGGUCCCUGAUUUCGAUUUGGAAUCGGGCAUUGAGAGGAGUGUAGUAGUUUCCCCUGCGGAACCUAUCUAUUUAAGAUAUCUUUAUCCUCCACAAAAAAACUCAGCAGAAAUUAAGGUUGUUUCUGAAAGUGAUAUAUGUAUGGUUUUGUCUAUCCAAAAAUUACAGUGUCCCGUCAAUGAUUUGUCUGAUACAGUAGGAAACACUGGAUUACAUCAAACUGUCACUACUUUGGGUGCAAUAUCCAUUGAUGUGACUCAAUUUCUCAAAGGAUUUUUCCUCGUUUUAGUCUUGAAACCAACAGACUAUGCUUGUUCCGGCAUCGAAAACUUGAUCCCACCAUUUCCAGAUCAGGAAUUAUUUUCACCGAAACCACAGAUCAAUCUUCCAGGUUCUCGAAGUAAAUCUGUCAAAAUUCUAGUUACUUCUAAGCAUAGAAAAUGGCCUUAUUUACUUCCUAUACUUGGAGCUGUUUGUGUUUACUUACUUUUCUAUGUGGUCACAAUCGUUAUCAUACUACUGUAUCAAAGAGCAGAAAGAAGAAAAAUAUUUCUUAACG